AUUCCAUCUACUUGAUUUGGACAUUGCUGGUUUUUGUUUUCUCAGCCAGGGAUUCAUUGCCUUUGGUGUCACUGUGGAUUUUUGGUCCAAGGGCAAUCCAGAUUGGAUUUUUCUUAUGAAAUCUCUUGGUGGCUUCUAUUUUUACCAUCAAUAAUUGGAGCCAGGUAAACAUUCUUUUGGUUAUUUCAUGUUCACUCUAGAGACAUCAUGGUGCAUGGCAAUAGUGACUAUAUUUAAGGCUAAUGUCUUGGUUUGGAUUGUCCAUUAUAGUGUUUAUGUUUUACUGUUUUCUUUUGUAAUGCAAUGGGAUAAUGACUUUUUAUCGUAUUAUUAUAUAUGAUGUUGUUGACCUACCUCCGGCCAUCGCCGCAUACAUGUUAACGAAUAAUAUCAGUUAGAAUCUAAGAGUCAAUUUCCGUGACUACGUCCGGUGAAGGGUCGUUAAUAAGCCAGUUGUUGUAUUAUUUAUUAUGUAUUUGCCGCUUACGCCUUGUUUACAAUGUCUUGUUUUGGUUCAAGGCAAGAAAAAUUAAUUAUUUGAAUAUGAAGUUCUUGUAAGCGCAUGGCAUUGUAGAAAAUUCAUUACACAUCUAAUUAAUGUGCCCCGAAUAUAUGUGUUUUCAACAAUAUAUAACAGGACUUGUAAGAUGAUAAUUGAUAUGCUAAUCAUGGUGGUUUCCAAAGAAUUAACUGAUGGCAACUAGAGAAAGAAAACUAGGGCUGGCUAUUUGGUUCGAUUUUUUUGGUUUUAUCCGAGAUCGGAUCCUAUAAUCCAGACCGAGACCGGACCGGGACCGGAUAGUAAACAAUCAAAUCCAAUCUUUGGACUUAGAUUUGAGGUAAAAAAAAACCAUUUGGGACCGGAUCGAAAACUGGAUAAAGACCGGAUAAGAGAGCUCAACACCCAAAACUUAAGGGUAAAAGUCGAAAGUUGCCCAGGGGGUAAUGGGUGAUAAAAAAAAUUCUCCAAAUACAUUGAAAAUUAUAUUAUUUUAUAGAUUUCAAUAACCUCGUACUCUCUGUGCAUGAAAAAAAAUUCGAGUUAAAACAAACAAGAUGCAAAUUGAUUAAAAAAACGUAGGAAAAAAGUUCUUACCCUUUACAUAUGUCCCUACUCAAAAUCAAUGAACCAAAUCUAGUUAUGCAUAAUCAAGGUUAUACACCCUAGACCUAGGGAUGACAACAAAACCCGAACCCACGGGUACCCACCCGACCCAACCCGGUCAACGCGGGUAAAACCCGUGUUGACGGGUUUUGGGUCGGGUUCGGGUUUAAACCCGCUACACUAUUCACCGGGUCGGGUUGGGUUUGGGUUUAGGUAAACCCGCCCCAUGGGUACCCGCCCACACACAUAUAAUUACUUUCCCGAUAUAUUUAAUAUUCUAAAUAAUAUAUCUUCCUUAAAGAACUGAUAUUCUUUAUGUUUGUGGAGACAUGUAUAAUUUUUUCUUUAUAAUUGUUUAGAAUGAAGUUGAUAUUAUGAAGUGGAGAGUGAAGAAACUUAGUUGACGAGGAAGAAGCUUUCAAUUAAUCUUAUUGUUUAUGUAUGUUUAUCUUUAAUUUUGAACAAUUUGUAUUGAUCAUUUGCGGUUUGCUUGUAUGCUCUAGAUUGGUGUUUUUUGUAUGAUUAAUUUGUAUGAGAAAAUUGAUGUUAAACUUUUAUUUUGAAAGAAACUUGUUAUUGUAAAUUUUUACCACAAAAACCCACGGGUACCCAUGAACCCGCGGAUACCCAGGGGGUUGGGUUGGGUUUGAGUUUUUCAAACCCAACGGGUUUUACCCCGGAUUUUUUUAGCGGAUAAACCCAUGGGUUUGGGUUUGAGUUUGACAAAACCCGCCCCAACCCGACCCAUUGCCAUCCCUAAAUAUGCUCCAACUAAUAUAGAAAGAAAUGAAGGGUUAGAUCGAAAUAUUCUUACAUUGUUAUCACAAAUUCCUUAUGCUUUUUUUAACAAAACAAGAAAAUACCCUACCUCUUCAACUCAGUCGAGUAAGUAAAUUACUCGGUCAGCCCAUAAACAAAUUGAUGUUCCUAAGAUAAUUUGCCUUUAGCAAGAUAGGUCGACGCCAAAAAAAGCCAUAUAGCAGGAACCCGCUAAUGACAAGUUUGAUGGUCAUUAAAGCAAUGUUUGUUUUUUGUCACAUGCUACUGAUCUCGUUGGCUCCGCUAAUCCACUUCCAAACACCCUCGCCUCGUCCCCCAGCUAGCUGUUUGAUUCACUUCGGACUAACCCAUGAUAUUGUCGCCCAACACCUCUUCACUUAGUUAAUUUAAUCACUCCAUUUAAUUAACCUCCUCACUAAUUAAUCACCAACUCUCCCCUCCCUCCUAGCUUUCUCCCCACUCCGGCGCCGGAGAUGGAAAGCAAUAAUAAAGACCACCACCGCAGCAUCGAGUCCUCCAUCUCGACGCCGGACCUCCACGACACCGGCCUCAAGCUGGAGCGAGCUAGAGAGGCCUACGCCGGCUACAACUCCGACGUCAUGGAGAAGCCUUCGAAGAUGGAGGUGUGGAUUUGGUAUCUGUACGAGGUCUGCUCCUACUUCAUCCAUUCCUCCCUCCUCCCCAUCGUCUUCCCGCUCAUGAUCAGCCAGAUCCACCGCCUCCCCGCCGAGCCCACCGCCGGCUGGCUCACCAGCCCCAUCGGCCUCUCCUGCCGCCCUCAACUAUCCCAGCUAUACGAAGCGCUGGUGAACAAGAACGUAGAAUUCGGGACCGCCAGAAUCUCAGCAUUGCAAUGGACCUCCUUUUCAUGGGGAGUGGGCUUGGGCCUAGCCGGCCCAAUACUCUGGCUCAUAUCCACAAGCCUGGACUACGGCAACUUCCAGCCCAUCAUAGCCGGCACCGCCAUCGCCACCGGAUUCUUCUUCUGCCUCCCCACGGGGUUCUUCAACGUCACCUGGAUCUUCCCGCCCUUCAUCAUCGCCAUCGUGGCGGCGAGCACAAUCGCCGCAGCCACCCACACGCGCCACCACGGCAUGAUGGUGCGCGGAUUCACCGGCCCGAACCUCCACAAGUCCCGAUUCGCCCUCCGCCGCUGGAUCUCCAGCUGGCUCUCCCUCUACGCCGCCGCCGCCGGCGCCCUCGGCUCCGCCGUCAUCACUGCCUUCACCUACUACAUGCUCCGGAAAAAAGAAAAAGAGCUCAGCCUCUGGAUCGUCACCAUCUUCAGCGGCCUCGCGUGGGCCGCCGGAAUCUCCCACGUCGCCUUCAUCAAGCCCCGCAGCGUCUCCGGCGAUGUCGCCGGCCGGCCUUCGCCGGCGAAACAUUCCCUCUCGAUUUUCACCUACCCGCACGCCUUCACAACCCUGAUUUUAACAUUCCUCUCGUCGUUCACCACGAUGUGCAUCUUCGCGAGCGGAUACCUCUACUUCGCCGGAUUCCUCUGUCUCCGGCCGCCGGUGAUCCUCUACUCCUGGCUGAUCUACUUCGUAUUCCCUUUAAUUUCCCUCCCGGCGGUCCACCUGGUCCAGCACGCGCUCCGAGCCGACGCGGCGAAGAUGCACGCGCUAGGGUUCGUCAUGGCGCUGAUCACGUCCGGGUUCGGGUUCUACUUCCGGUCCGGAAUCUGGGCCGCCGGAGUAAUUCUAGCCUUCUCGGCGGUGCAGGGGACGUCGGCGGGUGUGAUGCACGCGUUCCAGCGCGUGCUGCUGUCGGACUGCUCGCCGCCGGGGAAGGAAGGGGUGUUCGCGGCGUGGUUCGAGUGGUGGAGGGCGGCGGGGGCGUUCGCCGGGUUCACGGUGGCGGCUACCUUGCCGGGGGAGAUAAGUACCAGCUUAGCUGUCACGUUUUUGACGUCCGUGGCGGGGAUCGUGGUGCUGGUGUACGGACACAUCAGCGAUACAGGUGGAGCUGCCGCGGCUGGACACGUGGUGGCGGGGGAGGGGAAGUCGGGUCGGGUUCAUGAUGAGGAGCAGCAGGAUGACCCGGAUGGUGGGAUAACGUCCCCGCCGCCACGUGCUCGGCUGGCAUUGGAGGACGAUGUUCAUCACGGGAAUGGUAAAAAUUAUAAUAACAACGUUCGUAGUUUGGCGGUAAUGAAGGAGGAUGAGGAUCAUGAUGACGAACUAAGUUUUCAGCACGACCAUGAAGAUGACAUUAGCUUAGCCUUAAGCUAAUUAGUUGAUAAUUAGCCUAGCUACAUAAAUUCAGAUGAUGAUCAUCAUAGGCUAUGAUUAAUUGUUGAUUACGAAGUGUCAAAGCCUUGAUGAUCUCAGUCUCAGCAUGCAUGCCGGCCCGGUUUGUUUAUUUUUGUAAUUUUCAUUCUCAUUUUUUUCUUCAAAGACUUGGUUUUGUUGCCCAAGGAAUCGUAUGUAUCCAAAUAAUUUAAGGACUUUGCG